AUGCCAUCAAAUCUACCUUCAAGUUUUGCUUCAGCAGCCGCUGGACAGAACUCGCAUCGUGAUGGACGGGGUAAUAACAGCGGAGAGUGGUCUAGAACCAACCGUACCAAUGGAACCAUGACCUUCCGCAGACCCUCAACCACCCCGAAUCAAUCCAUCAGCAGCCAAGCGCCGCCUGCAGAUGCUGUUCAGUCUCUUGGCACUACCACCGAAUCUACCCAGCGCAGAUAUACGAGGGAACAGCUUCUAAGCAUUUACGAUUCUCUUCCCCCCACCGACGUCUCGUCCUUGUUCGUGCAAGGAUGGAGUCCCGGUCAUGUAAAUGGCAAUAAUACAACCACUCGGGGAUGGGGCAAAACCAAUGAGGCGCACGUGCAGCCUCAAGAACCCGAUCUGUGUUGGAAUACCGCUUCCUCGAGAGUACCUAGCAGCAUGCGAGAUAUGACUGACGAGGAAAGAGAGCUCUUCAUGACCGACGUCAACUCGCCCGUCAAGCCCCCACCUCAGAAUAAGGAUGGCAAUACGUUGAACGGAGGACGCAAAACUUCCGUCAGCCACGGUGUCUCCAACAACUUUUCGCUGGCCUCCCCGUCUUCUGCCUCUAGGCCCGGUACCCGACGACGCGAGACCACCGACACGAACCCGUAUUCUGGUGGUGGAGGUCUUACCUCACCGACCACGGCCGCUCGCGAAGGCGGAUCAUUCUGGCUGAGGAAGAACAUCGAGGCCAAGGAAGCCAUGUUCGAAGAACCUGAGGAGGACUCUUACCCCCGCGAACUUCCCACUGGACAAAACAGCUCGCUUCCUUUUGGCGGUCUAGUGCGCAAUAACACUGCGACGGGUGCCACUGGUCUUGGAGCCUCUUCUGGUCUCUGGGGUCAACCUUCCCCUUCGGUUACUACUCCGUCCGUAUCGGGCUUGGGCAGCUUUGGUAACUUUGCCCUGCCAGGUUCUUCUGCCAUUGGUGACAAACGCCCGGGAGGCGGGCAAUCCAGACUUGCCCGGCUGAUUCCCAAGGACAGCAACGAUAGCAUGGGCGCGCGCGGAAGUGAGCCUUCCUCGGCUGUGGAUGGACGGGGUUCUUGGCGACCUCGCCAACGUACCGACACUGAUCCGUUUGCUGGCGACGAAAAUCUCUCGGGCAGUGCUGUGCUGGGAGGUGCUCAGGAUACGAGUCCCCCUCCGGCACAACGUGCUACCUUAUUCGAUACACCUGUGAAGGGUUCCGCUGGCGACUUUGGAAUGUCUGGGCUCAACAUUGGUAGUCAUAUGGAGACUGAGCCUUUGAGUCCCUCGGAGACCAAUCCUUACCGAAGCCCCCCUGGCGAACGCGGUGCGAACGAGGAAGGCAGUGAAGGACUGCAUAGCCAUGGGCUUGGCGUUGGGCCAGAGCAUGUUUCCGCGUUCGGUGCCGGAGGUUUCCCUCGCGCUUUCGGUCAGACUGCAUUUGAGGGCAGUGAUCGAAGCCAGACCUCGAGCGUGGGCGCUAACAAACCUCUCCCACCGUUGAGCACCCUCGGCGGCUGGCCUACAUCCGCAACACCUGAUCGUGAGCGCAAUCUCUUCGGAAAUGCUUUUGGCAACUCCCUCUUCUCGCCCAUGGGAGAUUUACACUCUCCUAGUUUGGGUAAUUUGAGCGGCGUUUUUGGUCCUGCUAGUACCACUGGACUUCCGGGGUCGGGCUCGAUCAGCCGCGGAAGCAAGCUGAAUUCCUUGUUUCCUCCGGCAAUGCAGUCACAGAUGCAGAAUCAAGACAACGAAAGCUUGUCUGACUCGAUCCCAGAUCUUCGUCAGAUGAAUCCGCUAGCUGCCAUUGGCCGAAAUGCUUUUGGGGAGCCUAGCCGCAAUACCGACUCACCUAUUGGGACUGGCCGACCGGCAUUCGUUGAUAUGUUUAAUCCACCUGUGACUUCGGACACCAUGUCUGGUAGUAUUUCAGCUAUUUCUCAGCCGCAGGGGUUCCCACAAUCCAGCGGCACACCUUUCAGCGCAAAUCAAGGUAACGAGCCUCCCUCAGCUCAGCCUCGAAGCAUGGUCAUGCCUGAUCGGAUGCGUUGGGUAUACCUUGAUCCCCAGGGACAUCAACAGGGUCCGUUCACGGGUCUCGAAAUGAAUGACUGGUACAAGGCAAAUUUCUUCACUGCAGAUCUGCGUGUCAAGAGAGUUGAAGAUCCCGAAUUUGAGCCUCUGGGACAGCUUAUCAGGCGUAUUGGAAACUCUAGGGAGCCUUUCCUCGUCCCUAUGAUGGGCAUCCCCCACGGCCCGCCUGCCCAAGCUGGCCCUUUCUCUCCCAGUACUGGUGGAGGCAUCUUGCCACCCCUAAACGGUGUCUUCCCUAGUUUUGGUCGAACUCUCACCGCUCAAGAACAGAAUGAUCUUGAGAGGCGCAAACAGGAGGAGCAAUACCUGAUGGCUCAACAGCGGGAUAUCAUCUCAACUCAGCAACGACUAGCCAGAGUCCAGAUACAAGGACAUCCUGGACUCCACCAUCACUCAAGUGCGCAUAGUCUACAAAGCCAGCCCAGUUUUGGGAGCAUCAGCUCGCCUGUCACCAUGCCUCCCCAACCUCCUAUUGGCUCUAUCGGAGGCAGUGCUCCCUUUUUCGGCGCAAAUCCUCCGCAGUCUGGCAUGGCUCCUGGGAAUUCCGGGCACACGAUUAGCGAUCUGUUUCGUGAAGAAGAGAUGACGUCGGGCGGGCCAGGACCCAUCGGCUCCAUUCCGAACCAGCCCCCUGUUGGGAGUUCGUCCAUGGAGUCAUUUCGGGCUCGUCUACCCCAGACGCAAGAACUUCUAGAGGACGACGAUGGAUUUCGUGAGCGGCUGGAGGAGUUCGAACAACUUAGGGCUCAGCAUGAAGCCGAGGCCGAACGAACGCGACAAGCUCUGGAACCUCAGUCUCCAACGGACACUGACGCCGUUUCAACCUCUAGUGCUACUCAUCCUCUCGAUGUUGCAGCCCCCGCGAAGGAAAAGGUGAAGCAGAAGAAGGACGACAGGCUCAUCAUCCAGGAGACAGAUGUGGAGGCUGACAACAAGCAAGCGGAACUCGCAGAAGCAGCCAGAUCUAGCGGUCUACCAAUGCCGUUCCCUCCUCCUCAAUCCUCGACACCCUUGCCUGCUCCGGCUCCUCAACGCGUCAAGUCUAACCUGCCAGAGCAAUAUGCUACCAGCUCGCGAUCCGAGACCCCUGAGAUGAUUUCAUCAGCUGCUACUCAACCUCCCCCUCUAGCUCCCUGGGCGAAAGACCCUGCUUCUGAGUCGCACCGUGGACCCAGCCUGAAAGAAAUCCAGGAGGCCGAAGCUAAGAAGGCUGCCAAGGCUGAGGAAGCUGCUGCUGCCGCCCGCCGUGUCAUGGCAGAGCAGGAAGCAGCAAAGGAACGCGAGAAGGCCGCAACUCUCGCUUCUGGUUUGCCUACUACCAGUACCUGGGGUACGUCAUCGCCGGCAGCUGCUACCAGUCCCUGGACUACCCCGUCAGUCACUAAAGCGCCCGCUCCGGGACUCAGCUCAGCUGCGCAGGCAGCUGAGAGAAAGAAGACUCUAGCUGACAUACAGCGUGAGGAGGAGGCCCGUAAGAUGAAGGCUAGAGAAAUUGCUGCUCAGACUGGAUCAGCCUCUGGUGCGAAGCGCUAUGCUGAUCUUGCCAGCAAGCCCAAUGCGGCUCCUAGCCCAACCGCUCCAGGCGCGACCCCGGUUGCAUUAACUGGUGCUGGCUGGGCCACGGUUGGGGCUGGAGGCAAGGUCAAGGUUCCUACGGGCCCUGCCAUGCCAUCUCGCUCUGUAAGCUCCACGACCAUCAAAACAUCAGUUGCUGCUCCUCCUCCAGCUCCUGCCGCCGCCGCUCGACCGAUUCUGAAGACAAACAACACUUCGCGCAAUGAAGCAAUGGAUGAGUUCACCAAGUGGGUUCAGGGCCAACUGGCACGAGGUGGCGUUGCUGAGGUUGAGAUCUACACACAGACUCUGCUCGAGUUUCCCGCCGAGGCUAGCACCAUCGCGGAUGUUGUCUACGAGAUCUCCAAGACCAUGAAUGGUCGUGAGUUUGCAAAUGAGUUCAUCCGAAAGAAGAAGCAGGCCGAGAAGGGUGUAUUUGAGAAGCAAGGCGCCGUCGAUGUACCAGCUCAGUCUACUGGCGGUUGGAACGAGGUGGCCAAGAAGAAUCCGCACAAGGAGAAUAACGGCAACUCAAUCCCUUCGGAUUUCAAGGUAGUCCCUGCCCGAAAGAAGGGCAAGAAAUAA